AUGAAGAAGGUCACAGUCUUGAUUCUGGUGGCUUUUGUCACUGUGGGGAUGGAGGUCGCCUACGCUAAGAGACCUCCUUUCAGAGGACCAGAAAGACCUGGAGUCUGCCCAGAGGUGCCCGAAGGAAGUUUUGGGCCUUGUGUUGAGUUGUGUUUAGAAGAUGAAUCAUGUCCUGAGAGAAUGAAAUGCUGCAGCAAUGGGUGUGGUCAUGUCUGCAAACGUGCUCUUUCUAAAGGUGGCUCUGGUGGUCAUAUGAUAGACGGACUGGACACUUACAAGUAUGCCUGGUGAACAGCCCCAGAAGAUUUCUCGUGAAUCUGUGAAUCCUAUGCUUGGUGUAACAUGACUCUCCCAUAAUCCACUUCUGGCUAUUCCUUAUCCUUGGAAUUUUAUCCCUGAAAGAUGAAGAUCUACAGGUUGGGUGACUGCUUUCUAAAGAACAUGUGUCCAA